UGGAAUAAGAGAUGCGCAUGCGCACUGCCUUCCCAUACCUUGAGAAUCUAAAAUGGAGGUGUGUGUGAACGCUCCGAGGCUGAGGUAUAACUUGGUGUUUCCGGACGGUUCUGUGGUCAGAGAUGUUCUGACCCGGUUCAUUCAGCUACAGGGAGUUUCCUCUGAGGAUUUCUACGUCGCCAGAAACGGUCGACUGUCAGAUCUGGAGGAUCCUCUGGAGCAUGGAGCCGUCUAUCACCUGGAGCCCCGCCUCUGUGGAGGGAAGGGAGGGUUUGGCUCCAUGCUGCGAGCUCUCGGCGCUCAGAUCGAGAAGACGACAAACCGUGAAGCCUGCAGAGAUCUGAGCGGACGGCGUCUGCGAGACGUGAACCACGAGAAAGAGAUGGCGGAGUGGCUGAAGAAGCAGGCGGAGCGGGAGGCAGAGAAGGAGCAGCGUCGUCUGGAGCGUCUGCAGAGGAAACUGGCCGAACCCAAACACCAGUUCACCGAUCCAGAAUAUCAGCAGCAGUGUCACGACCUGUCGGAGAGACUGGAGGACUCAGUGCUCAAAGGUCUCCAGGCGUCCUCCAGCAGCCAGGUGAAGGUGGACGACAUCUCAGCAGCAAAGAGACCAAACUCAGACCAGAGCGAAGAACCAGAGAAGAAGAAGAAGAAGAAGAAGACGGCAGCGGCGUCAGCAGCUUGUUUCUGGACAGGGGUGGGAGAGCUGGACGGAGUGCUGAGCUCAGAGGAGGACGAUGAUGAUGACGAUGAUGAGUCUCCGUCUACAUCCUCCUCUAGCUGUAGAGCUGUUACCAAGGCAACGCUGAGUGAGAAGACAGAGCUUGAGCAGAGCGGCAGCUCGUCCUCGGCUCAUCAGACUGUCAGACCCUCAGAGGACCAGAGACCUCCAGAACCUUCCAAAGCCUCAGAGUCCAGCUGUGGGUCUCAGCAGCAGCAGGCUCCAGCCGACCAGUCUGUGGUGGACCAGUCUGUGGUGGACCAGGCUCCGGUGGACCAGGCUCCGGUGGACCAGUCUGUGGUGGACCAGGCUCCAGCCGACCAGGCUCCAGCCAACCAGUCUGUGGUGGACCAGGCUCCGGUUGACCAGUCUGUGGCGGACCAGGCUCCGGUGGACCUGUCCUCGGUGACAUCAGUCCAGCAGCUGGAGUCUCUGGGUCUGGACGUCCUGAAGGAGGAACUGAUGUCUCGUGGGUUAAAGUGUGGGGGGACGCUGUCGGAGCGCGCCGCCCGUCUCUUUUCCGUCAGAGGACUAACACCAGAUCAGAUCAACCCGGACCUACUCGCAAAACCAGGCAAGACCAGGAAGAAGUGAAAAGGUCAGAGCUGGAGUCUCCAGGAGGAAAGACACGCCCCUCAAAGUGACAUUAAAGGACCAGUCUGGUGUUUCUGACCACGAUUCACAAAAUGUGGCUUUUCAGCAUUAUCGUGGUUUCUCAUUGAACAGAGUCAGACUGAAAGCUCUGAAAGCUGGAAAAAGCCAGUAAGUGGUCAUUGAGUUAAGUCCACCUACUGCCUUUGUCCUGAACUGAAGUCACUAUGCUGAGGAAGACUGCAAGAUGGCGUUGAAAGCUCUGGAAAAAGCCAAUAAGUGGCCCUUGAGUUGAGACGUUUUGGUGGCAGGGUUAGGGUUAAUGUUAGACUGUAACAACCAAUCAGAUGCUUCUUUGUGGAUCCGUCCAAUCAGAGACCAGCCCUUUAUUUCUGUUCCACCAGUUUUAUUUGAUCAACUUCCUGUUUAACGUUUUUAAACCAGAAGCUUUUAAUAAAAUGUCUCUGAAACUAAA